AAUAAAUAUACACAUUCAGAUGUUGUGUCGGGAAUUGGUAACACUGACUAUUACACUCUAAACGGUGUCGCCACGGAGCGGACAAUUCUUUCGGUUUCCCAUAAGUCGUAAACAUGGCUCUGACCGUAACAAAGAAAGCCAAAGGCUCAAGUAGCAAAAAACAAGCCCUUCGUGGUAAGGGCCAAAAAAAGAAAGUAUCCCUAAAGUUUACGAUCGACUGUACGCAUCCUGUGGAGGAUAAUAUUAUGGAUGUAGCCAAUUUUGAGAAAUACCUUCAAGAAAGAAUAAAAGUCAGCGGGAAAACAAACAAUUUUGGAAACAAUGUUACCAUUGAACGUAACAAAAUGAAACUUUCUGUUAAUAGUGAUAUUGAUUUUUCUAAACGAUAUCUCAAAUACUUGACAAAGAAAUAUUUGAAGAAGAACAAAUUGCGUGAUUGGUUACGUGUAGUGUCACAAGAUAAAGAGACCUACGAGUUGCGGUAUUUCCAGAUUAAUAGUCAGGAAGACGACGACGAAGAGGACGCGGAGUAAAAUUUUAUUUUACAAACCAUUGCAGAAAAUUCUGUACAUAUUUCUAAAAAUAAAAUCAUAAAAAAAUUCUAAGAGUUUUAAAUAAAUUAAAAUAUACAUAUAUAUUAAUCAUUAAUCAACUUAAAUAUUUAGGAAGGUUCAUGAAAUUAGCGUAAACAAAAUCGGAUAAGUUUUAUUUUUGAAUCUGUUAAUAAUAAAGUUAUCGAAAACAUUAUA